AUGAAAAGUAUUAAAGUUUGUGUUGUUGGCGAAGGUGGAAUUGGUAAAACAUCAAUGUUAUUAAGUUAUACAUCAAAUUCAAUUUCAAAUGAAUAUCAACCAACAGUAUUUGAUAACUAUUCAACUUUAUUAAUGCAUAAUAAAAAACCAUAUAAUUUAUCAUUGUGGGAUACUGCAGGUCAAGAAGAGUUUAGUAAAUUAAGAAGGUUAAGUUAUCCUCAAACUGAUGUAUUUUUAUUAUGUUUUUCACUUAUAAAUCCAUCAUCAUUUUCAAAUAUUUUAGAUUCAUGGGUACAAGAAUUAAAUGAAAAUUGUCCAAAUACUCCAAUAGUUUUAGUUGGUACUCAAAUGGAUUUAAAAUCAAAUUCAGUUAUACUGGAUAGACUAUGUGAAAAAAAACAAUUACCAAUUUCAACUCAACAAGGUAUUGAACUUUCAAAGAAAAUUAAUGCAUUUGAUUUUGUGGAAUGUAGUGCACUAACACAAAAGAAUUUACAUUUAGUAUUUGAAAAAGCAAUUGACGCUUGUGAAGCUCAUCAAAAAUGUCAAUCAAAAGAAAAAAAGAAAAAUAAUAAAAAAUUUAAAAAAAAUUGUAUAAUAAUGUAA